UGCUUGCCCCAAUGAUACCCUGUGGCACCAUGACCACCUAAGCCAUAUGCCUGCUCCUGGACCAAUAGGGAAGAAGAGCAACCACAAAAACCAGAGGCCCCACAUGCACCAAUUGGAAGAAGAGCAAGCUGGAGCUCCAUCUGUUCUGAUUAAAGGAAGAAAUGAGUAGACAGCAGUGUAAGAACACAUUAAACGACAUAAAGAGCAAUACAAUACCACCAGAACCUAAUGAUCCUACAAUGGCAAGACCUGGAAAUCUCAAAGCAGAUGAUCCAGAAGAAAAUGACCUUAAGAACAACUUUAUGAAGAUGAUAGAGGCCCUAAAAGACAAAAUGAAAAAUUCCCUUAAAGAAACGGAGGAAAAGAUAAAAAAAAAAUUGGAAGAAAACAAGAAAUCUCUUAAAGAAACUCAAGAAAAAAAUAAUCAAACAGGUGAAGGAAGCAGUUCAAGACUUGAAAAUUGAAAUAUAAGCAAUAAAGAAUACACAAACUGGGGAAAUUCAGAAAAAGGAAGAUCUGAGUAAAUGAACAGAAACUACAGAGGCAAGCAUAAACAACAGAGUACAAGACAUGGAGGAGAGAAUCUCAAGCAUUGGGAAUUCCAUAGAAUUGGUCAAAGAAAAGGUUAAAUCCAGCAAAUUUUUAACACAAAACAUCUAGAAAAUCUAGGACACCAUGAAAAUACCAAACUUAAGAAUAAUAGGGAUAGAAGGAGAAUUUCAGCUCAAAUGCACAUAAAAUAUAUUCAACAAAAUUAUGGAAGAAAACUUUCCCACCUAAAGAAAGACAUGCCUAUGAACGUACAAGAAGCAUACAGAACACCAAAUAGAUUGGACCACAAACAAAGUCCCCUCACCAUAUAAUAGUCAAAACACUAAACAUACAAAAUAAAGAAAUAAUAUUAAGAGCUGCAAAGGAAAAAUGUCAAGUAACAUAUAAAAGCAGACCUAUCAGAAUUACACCCAACUUCUCAAUGGAAACUCUGAAAGCCAGAAGGUUCUGGAGAGUUGUUCUGCAGAUACAUAGAGACCACAGAUGCCAGCACAGACUACUAUAUCCAACAAAGCUUUCAAUCACCAUAGAUGGAGAAAACAAGAUAUUCCGUGACACAACCAGAUUUAAACAUUACUUAUGCACAAAUCCAGCCUCACAGAAAAUACUAGAAGGAAAACUCCAGCCCAAGGAAGUUAGCUGCAACCACCAAAACACAAGCAAUAAAUAACCUGACACCAGCAAAUCCCAAAGAAGAGAAACACACACACUACCACCAAAAAAAUGUCAGGAAAUAACAAUCACUGAUCAUUAAUAUUCCUUAAUGUCAAUGGAUUCAAUUUGCCUAUAAAAAGACACAGGCUAACAGAAUGGAUAUGAAAACAAGAUCGAUCAUUCGGGUGCAUACAAGAAAUACACCUCAGCUUCAAAGACAGACACUACCUCAGAGUAAAGGGUUGGGAAAAACAUUCUAAUCAAAUGGGCCUAAGAAACAAGCUGGUGUAGCUAUCUUAAUAUUUAACAAAAAAGACUUCAAACUAAAAUCAAUCAAAAGAGAUGAAGAAGGGCAUUUUAUAUACAACACAGGAAAAAUCCAUGAAGGUGAAGUUUUAAUUCUAAACAUUUAUGCCCCAAAUACAAGGGCACUUACAUUUGUAAAAGAAAUUUUACUAAAGGUCAAAUCACACAUGAAACCCCACACACUAGUAGUGGGAGACUUCAACACCCCACUCUCACCACUGGACAAGUCUGCCAAACAGAAACUUACCAGAGAAAUAAGGGAACUAACAGAUACUAUGACUCAAAUGGACCCAACAGACAUCUAUAAAAACAUUUCACCCAAACACAAAAGAAUAUACAUUCUUUUCAGCACCCCAUGGAAUCUUCUCCAAAACUGAUCACAUACUCAGUAACAAAACAAAUCUCAACAGAUACAAAAUAAUUGGAAUAACCCCCUGGAACUUAUCAGACCAUCAUGGCUUAAAGCUAGAGUUCAAUAACAACACAAAAUUCAGAAAGUCUACCAACUCAUGGAAACUGAACAAUGCUCAGCUGAAUCACUACUGCAGUCAAAGAAGAAAUAAAGAAAGCAAUUAAAGACUUCCUAGAAUUCAAUGAAAAUGAUGGCAGAACAUACCCAAACUUAUGGGACACUAUGAAAGCAGUGCUAAGAGGAAAGUUCAUUCACUAAGUGCAUACAUAAAGAAUGUGAAGAAAUCUCACACUAGUGACUUAACAGCACACCUGAAAGGUCUUGUCCAAAAAGAAGUUAACUCACCCAAGAGGAGCAGAUUACAGGAAAUAAUAAAACUGAGGGAUGAAAUCAAUAAAAUAAAAACAAAGAGAACAAUACAAAGAAUCAAUAAAACAAAGAGUUGGUUCUUCAAGAAAAUCAACAAGAUAGACAAAUCCUAUCCAAACUAACCAAAAAGCAGAGAGAGAAUACCCAAAUUAACAAAAUCAGAAAUGAAAAGGCGGACAUAAUAACAGACACUGAGGAAAUCUAGAGAUUCAUUAGGUCAUACUUUGAAAACACAUACUACACAAAAUUGAAAAAUGUAAAAGAAAUAGACAAUUUUUUAGAUAGGUACCACAUACCAAAAUUAAAUCAAGAUCAAAUAAUUUAAAUAGACCUAUAACCCCUAAGGAAACAGAAGCAUUAACCAAAAACUUCCCAACUAAAAAAAAGCUCAGAGCCAAAUGAUUUCUACACAGAAUUCUACCAGAAUUUCAAAGAAGAGCUAAUACCAAUACUCCUCAAAUUGUUCCAAACAAUAAAAAUAGAAGGAACAUUGCAAACUCUUUUACUAGGCUACAGUUACCCAGAUACCCAAACCAUAUAAAGAUGCAACUAGAAAAGAGAAUUACAAUCUCUCUCAUGAAUAUUGAUGCAAAAAUUCUCAAUAAAAUACUAGCAAACCAAAUCCCAGAACCCACCAAAAAAUUCAUUCACCAUGAUCAAAUAGGCUUCAUCCCAGAGAUUCAAGGAUGGUUCAACAUACAAAAAUCUGUCUACGUAAUCUACCAUAUAAACAAACUGAACGAAAAAAGCCACAUGAUCAUCUCAUUAGAUGCUUUUGAAAAAAAUCCAAUACCUCUUCAUAAUAAAGGUUCUAGAGAGAUCAGGGAUACAAGGAACAUGCCCUAUCAUAAUCAAGGCAAUAUACAACAAUCCAACAACCAAUAUCAAACUAAAUGGAGAGAAACUCAAAGUGAUUCCAUAAAAAUCAGGGACAAGAUGAUGCUGUCCACUCUCUUCACACCUAAUUCUAAAUAGAGCAAUAAGAAACAAAAUGAGAUCAAGGGGAUACAAAUUGGAAAGGAAGAAGUCAAACUUUUGCUAUUUGCAGAUGAUAUGAUAGUAUACAUAAGUGACCAAAAAAAUUUUACCAGAAACUCCUACAGCUGAUAAACACCUUUAGUAAUGUGGCAGGAUACAAGAUUAACUCAAAAAAAAUCAGCAUUCCUCCUAUAUACAAAUGAUAAAUAGGCUGAGAAAGAAAUCAGAGAAACAUCACCCUUUACAGUAGCUACAAAUAACAUAAAAUAUCUUGGGGGUAACUCUAACCAAACAAAUGAAAGACUUGUAUGGCAAGAGCUUUAAGUCUUUGAAGAAAGAAAUUGAAGAAGAUAUCAGAAAAUGGAAAGAUCUCCCAUGUUCUUGGAUAGGUAGGAUCAACAUAGUAAUAAUGGCAAUCUUACCAAAAGCAAACUGCAGAUUCAAUGCAAUCCUCAUCAAAAUCUCAAUGCAAUUCUUCACAGACCUUGAAAGAACAAUACUCAACUUUAUAUGUAAAAACAAAAAACCUAUACAAUAAAGGAACUUCUGGAUGCAUCACCUAUCCCUGACUUCAAGCUCUACUAUAGAGCUAUAAUAAUAGAAACAGCUAGGUAUUGGCAUAAAAACAGACAUAUUGAUCAAUGGAAUCAAAUCAAAGACUUAAUACACAUACCUACAAACACCUGAUUUUUGACAAAGAAGCCAAAAUUAUAUAAUGGAAAAAAGAAGGCACCUUCAACAAAUGGUGCUGGCAUAACUGGAUAGCUACAUGUAGAAGAAUGCAAAUAUAUCCAUAUCUAUCCCCAUGCACAAAACUCGAGUCUAAAUGGAUCAAAGACCUCAGCAUAAAUCCAGUGACACUGAAUCUUAUAGAAGACAAAGUGGAAGUAGCCUUGAACGCAUUGGCACAGGAGAACACUUCCUAAAUAUAACAACAGUAGCACAGACACUGAGAGCAACAAUUAAUAAAUGGGACCUCCUGAAACUCAGAAACUUCUGUAAGGUCAAGGACACUGUAAAUAAGACAAAAUGGCAGCCUACAAAUGGGAAAAGAUCUUCACCAACCCCACAUCUGAUAGAGCGUUGAUCUCUAAAAUAUGUAAAGAACUCAAGAAACUAGACAGCAAAAUAACAAAUAAUCCAAUUAUAAAAUGGGCUACAGAGCUAAACAGAGAAUUCUCAACAGAAGAAUCUCAAAUGGCCACAAGACAUUUAAGGAAAUGUUCAACAUCCUUAGCCAUCAUGGAAAUGCAAAUCAAAACGACUCUGAGAUACCAUUUUACACCUGUCAGAAUGGUUAAGAUCAAAAACACAGUUGAGGUGUUCGCAGCCGUGGCCGCGCUGCCACCGCUCCCUAACAUCAGCGCCGCCUCUCGCUUGCAGAGCUCCAGCCGAAGGAGAAGGGGGGUAAGUAAGGAGGUGCCCAUACCAUGGGUCCUACAAAGCUGACUGCCGGCAAAUCCACCGGUGGUAAAGCACCCAGGAAACAACUGGCUACUAAAGCCGCUCACAAGAGUGCGCCCUCUACUGGAGGGGUGAAGAAACCUCAUCGUUACAGGCCUGGUACUGUGGCACUCCGUGAAAUCAAACGUUAUCAGAAGUCCACUGAACUUCUGAUUCGCAAGCUCCCCUUCCAGCGUCUGGUGCGAGAAAUUGCUCAAGACUUCAAAACAGAUUUGCGCUUCCAGAGUGCAGCUAUUGGUGCUUUGAAGGAGGCAAGUGAGGCCUAUCUGGUUGGCCUUUUUGAAGAUACCAACCUGUGUGUUAUCCAUGCCAAAUGUGUAACAAUUAUGCCAAAAGAUAUCCAGCUAGCACGCCGCAUAUGCGGAGAACGUGCUUAAAAGUUCACUAUGAGGGGAAACAUUUCAUUCUCAAAAUUUUUUUUUCCUCUUCUUCCUGUUAUCAGUAGUUCUGAAUGUUAGAUAUUUUUUCCAUGGGGUCAAAAGGUACCUAAGUAUAUGAUUGCCAGUGGAAAAAUAGGGGACAGAAAUCAGGUAUUGGCAGUUUUUCCAUUUUCAUUUGUGUGUGAAUUUUAAUAUAAAUGCAAGAUGUAAAGCAUUAAUGCAAGCAAAAUGUUUCAGUGAACACAUUUCAACAGUUCAACUUUAUAACAAUUAUAAAUAAACCUGUUAAAAUUUUCUGGACAAUGCCAGCAUUUGGAUUUUUUAA